AUGGGAGAAUAUGGUCCCGACGAUUGGAAAUACUGGGAUACCAUCAUAAUCGUGAUCACGAUUGCACACUUCCUCCUAGUCACGAAGAAGAUGAGGGGAGCAAGAGUGAAACCAGAAGCAAUCAC